AGGAAGCAAAACAUUGCAAGUAGCGUGACAUGUUAUAAAAUGAAGUUACUGGUGCGAUAGUAUUCAAUCUAAACUAUAUCGCGCUAUUUCCGCAUGAACAUAUGCACAUAGUGUUUGUAAAUACUCAGAUUAGGAUGUUUCUUUUGAUUUUACACGUUUUGGAAGCAGGUGUUUUUGCAGUAGAUAGCAAACAGUUCAACAUUUUGUACUUAAUUGCUGAUGAUUUGAGACCAACUUUAGGCUGUUACUCUGAUCCAGUGGUCAAGUCACCAAACAUCGAUCAACUUGCAUCAGUGAGCACAGUGUUUCAUAACGCCUAUGCACAGCAAGCUGUUUGUGGACCUAGUAGGGUGUCUUUCCUAACAAGUCGAAGACCAGACACCACAAAGCUGUAUGAUUUCAACUCCUACUGGAGAGUCCAUGCAGGGAACUACACUACACUUCCUCAGUACUUCAAGUCUAAUGGAUACACCACUUUAUCAGUUGGCAAAGUCUUCCAUCCUGGCAUUGCCUCCAACCACUCGGAUGAUUACCCGUACAGCUGGUCUGUACCACCGUAUCAUCCACCCUCUUUUAAAUAUGAAAAGAGGAAGGUCAGUGUGUGGAUAUGUGUACAGUACACACUUCCUCCUCAGUGUCUGUGCUUUCAAUCCCAUGCUGUGUUGUUUAAAUGUCCCUUGGUAAAGCCACACCUGUCCUACAUCAGACUUUUCUCACGGUUAACUCUCUCUCUCUCUCUCUCUCUGUCUCUCUCUCUCUUAGGUUGGUCAUUAGGAGAACACGGCGAGUGGGCCAAAUACAGCAACUUUGAUGUGGCCACCCGAGUGCCAUUGAUCGUGUACAAGCCAGGUGUGACCUCACCUUUCCCUCGGCCUGGGGAGAAGACGUUCCCCUUCAUCGAUGUGUUUCAGGGCACGUGGGAGCAGUUUGGCAAAGGUCAUGGAGUUGAGAAUGUGGUGGAGCUGGUGGAUGUCUUCCCCACGCUGUCGCACCUGGCUGGGCUGCGUCCUCUGCACCGCUGCCCGUCCUCAUCCUUUAAGAUCGAGCUUUGCACCGAGGGCUCAAGCUUGGCAUAUCUCAUCCGCAACCCAGAGAGAGACCCCAACAGAGAAGCCUACUCAUUCAGCCAGUACCCUCGGCCCUCCGACUCCAUCCAGGAGAACUCGGACCUGCCCAACCUCGCCGACAUCCGUAUCAUGGGCUACUCCAUUCGCUCCACUGACUACCGCUACACCUUAUGGGUAGGCUUUGACCCCGUCCACUGUCAACCUAACAUGACGGACAUCCACGCGGGAGAAAUGUACCUCCUGGCGGAAGACCCUGGAGAGGACAAUAACGUGUUUGAUGAUUUCGACCAGGCCACAGUAUUGCGUAAGCUCGGGAUGCUGCCGUCGUGGACAGAGAGUUUAAAGCAUCAUAUAAUGCAUCUCAGCAGCAGUUUGAAAUCAAAAGGAUUCUGUGAUUCUAGUUUGUCAUGAUAUGACAGUAAAGGGAACAGGAAUGAAUGUUACAAAACAAACAAAAAAAAACAUGUUCGGUCAUACUUAAAUCAAAUCAUAUCAAAAAUCAAAAGGCAGAAUUAAGAAGUUUAAUCUUGCUUGAAGAAUAUGAAGCCUAUUUUUUUUUUUUCUAAUAGUACCUCACAAUUCUCAUAAUCAAAAUGCUAAUAAUCUUGUAUUCUCAUUACUGUAAUGUAAAA